AUGGAGACCAAAGAGUCCCUUAGCCACUCACGGCCCACUGAGAGCCAUAUCGAAGAGACCGAUAUCGCUGCUCAGGCGGGAGAGAUCAUCUCUUACGAUGACAAUGGCCUCGCUGGUAUCGUCCGCUCACCCUACGUCCUCGGAGCAGCAGCUCUGGCUUCCUUUGGAGGUUUCUCCUUUGGAUACGACCAGGGUGUCAUCAGCAUCAUUCUGGUAAUGGAGCAGUUCCACAAGUCCUUCCCCGAAACUGCCCCUGGACAUCCUGGAUAUGGCUUCAACGUCGGAUUUAUGACCGGAAUGUUGGAACUGGGUGCCUUCAUAGGGUGUCUGUUCCUCCCAUAUCUUGCGGAUCGAAUCUCUCGAAAGUGGUCUCUCACGGUGGCCACUGGCUUCUUUGUCGUCGGAGCUAUCAUUCAGACUGCCUCUCACAAUUACGGAACCCUCGUCGCCGGUCGAACGAUUGGAGGUAUCGGUGUUGGUCAACUUGCCAUGGGAGCCCCUCUGUACAUUUCCGAGAUUGCGCCUCCUAACUUGCGAGGAUCUCUGCUUGUUCUCGAGGCUAUUAGCAUUGUUAUUGGCGCUAUCAUCGCAUAUUGGAUCACAUACGCCACCAAGGAACUGUCCGGAGAGCUUGCUUUCCGACUGCCCUUCGGUCUCCAGAUGGUCCCUGCCCUCUGCGUCGGUCUCGGAAUCCACUUCUUCCCAUUCAGCCCUCGAUGGCUCGCCAUGCGUGGCCGCGACAACGACAGUCUCACCGCCCUUUCGAAGCUCCGCCGUGUCCCCACCACCGACGAUCGAGUCCAAGCCGAGUGGAAGGGCAUCGUCUGCGAAGUCCGCUUUCAGGAGGAAGUCAUCGCCAAGGAUCAUCCCACCAACAACAAGUUCAAGCUUGAGAUCCUCCAGUGGAUCGAUCUCUUCCGUCCUAAGUACCUUAAGCGUACUAUUAUCGCUCUUGGAAUUCCAUUUUUUCAGCAGUUUUCUGGAAUUAAUGCUUUCGUAUACUACGCGCCCACCUUUUUCAAGGCGCUUGGUCAGGACGAUAACAUGGCUCUGAUCCUUUCGGGAAUGGUCAAUAUCUGCCAAUUGGUUGCCGGAAUCCCUACCUUCCUCUAUCUCGACAAGGUUGGCCGCCGGAAGCUGGCCAUCUACGGUGGUAUCGCCAUGGCUGUCCCCCACAUCAUCAUGGCUGGUGUCGUUGGCAAGUUCAACAACAAAUGGGAUAGCAACCAGGGAAUGGGCUGGUUUGGAGUUGCUCUGAUCUACACAUAUGUUCUCUGCUACGCUUGCUCCUACGGCCCUCUCGCCUGGACCCUUCCCGCCGAGGUCUUCCCCAGUUCCAAGCGAGCCAAGGGUGUCGGUGCAGCUACUUCCAUGAUUUGGCUUGCAAACUUCAUCAUUGGCGUUGUCGUCCCCGAGAUGGUCAUCAAGAUCGGUUGGGGAACUUAUCUGUUCUUCGGAGUUUUCUGUACCCUCGCCGCCAUCUUCUCUUUCUUCCUUGUACCUGAAACUUCUGGAAAGUCUCUUGAGCAGAUCUCUGAGCUUUUUGGAGACAACCACAUUGUUGAGGAGGAGGCCAUUCGUGUUCGUAUCCAGCAGGAGGUUUGGUCUGACCCCAAGUACACCACUGCUGGUGCCGAGGCUGCGUCCAGCUCCUAG